AGAGGCCAGUCCGCGUAACAAUCGCGAGUCGCUAACAUUGUGCAGCUGAAGUUGGCACUAAAAUUAUGAAUAUUUUCGUGCCGAAUUUUGUCUUUGUCUGUUACUUUUUGUCUUUUAUCGGUUUCGGAAAUUGUAAGCAGAUUUGCCGCGAUGGUGGACCGCAGCUCCAGAUAGCAAAGGAGGAUAUUGAGGAGAAGGACGGAACCAUUUUUUACGCGAAUCACGCGUUUCGGCCUGGAGAAUAUGAGGCUGAUGAUAAUUACUUCUUCACUUGCCCGUGCGACGUUAAAUACUGCGUGAAAACCUGCAUCAAUACAAAGAGUGGACUUUAUUCUGCAUCACCAGGCAAGAAUUUAAAAGUCAACGUUGCGACAAAAGACGGAAAAACCAAAAACAUCGAUUUCUACGGCCACUUCUACCCAGAAACUCUUGAUUGCUACAAUGGGGAAAUGAAAGUUUUCACGAAUCAAGCCGUUUUCUUUGAGAACAGAAGCGUGGCCGAAUAUUUUGAGGGUAAAUUACAUCUGGUGGCCAAUUAUCCAGACUUUUGCAUCGCGCAGGGGCAGGACUUUACCGAUGAUGGGGAAAGCAGGAUUUAUUUGUGCGAUGGACAAGAUGAUGAUUUUGAGGAAUACCCUCAAAACAAGGACAUCAACUUUUCGAUUCAUUUCCUCGCUUCGGCAGUUUUCCUUCUGAUCACAGCAAUUGCGAUUAGGGCUUCAAAGGAGCGGGAAUCGCAUCUCGGCAAACUCUCCUUUUGCUUUUCACUGACUAUGAUGUUCAUGUAUUUGGUCCUGGCCGCUUUUUACCAUCUCAAUCGAGCUGGAUCGGUUGGCUUCGGCCUCUGCAGACUUUAUUUUUUUGCAACUUUUACCUUGAGCAUUAGCUCGUUCCUUUGGCUCAACGCAAUUUGUUUGAAGAAUUUGCAGCUUUCCAGGCUCCCUCGUAACUACACGGAAGCUCGAACCUCUCGAUUCUUUGUCUAUUCAUCGCUUUUCUCCACUUUGGUGCCUUUACUUCUCCAUACAAUUUUUUACGUGGCAUCUUUUAUUUGUCAUAUUUUCGGAUUCCAAUUGAACUUUGCGCUCAGCAGCUACACCUGCUACUUGGAAGAUACAAUUACGGGCGUUAUCUUCUGCGACGGGCCUGUUUUCCUUGCAUUAAUUUUAAAUUUGAUUUUCCUCAUCGCAACUCGAAUAACAUCAGCAAAUCUAAGCUGGUUCGUCGUGUGUGUGCUGCUAUUUAUCGUCAUGGCAUGUCCAGUAAUUGUGGUUUUUGUCCUGAUGCUGGACAAGUAUCAGGAAUUAUCCUUCAUUUGGAGUAUUUAUGGUCAAUUCAACGCACUACGUGGGUUCUUCAUAUUUCUGAUCAUCGUCAUUUUCAACGGAAACGUGAGGAACAGCCUGUUUUGUCGCAAAAAAACCACCGUCCAGCAACUCGCCAUGGAAUUAAGCUAGGCAAAUUUUUCACCGCGACCAAAGAUUUCCAGUCAAAAGAAUUUAAAGUAUAAUUCAAUUUUAUGCUUGUUUGGGUUUUUUAUGUAAACAUAAUUUUAAAUCAAUUAAAGUACAUUGUAAACUUGCA